AUGAACCGGGAACAGGGACCGGGAGCAGGGACCGGGAACAGGGACCAGGAACGGGGACCGGGAGCAGGGACCAAGAACAGGAACCGUCAACAGGGACCGGGAGCAGGGACCGGGAACAGAAACUGUCAACAGGGACCGGGAACAGGGACCGGGAACAGGGACCGGGAACAGGGACCGGGAACAGGGACCGGGAGCAGGGACCGGGAACAGGGACCGUCAACAGGGACCGGGAGCAGGGACCGGGAUUAA